GCAAAGACACAAACCGAUGAACGGCCGGGCGGUGUGUGUGUGUGAAGAGAGCUGAGGCUGGCCGUCCCGAUGCUGCUCCAGCCACGGACCGUGUAUUGACGGAUCUGUAGUAUCAAAGUAGGAGAUAGAGCCGUUAACGAUUGUUUCAGGCAGCGGCUGCUUUUAUCUCGCAUCACUGAAAGAAAUGCAGUCCCAGGGCAGCACUUCCUCCCAGCCCUCCUUUGAUUCCCUGAGCUCCAGCGACAGCCUCUUGUUCAGCGACUCGGAGCAGGCAGAGGACGACACAGACGUCUUCCUAACAGACGGCUCUUCCUCUGUCAUCAUUGGUGGUGUGGGUGGGGCAUCAGCUAGUGAGGACAGAGGAUCGGACAGUCCUGGGUCCCAGUGGACUUGUGAUGGCUUCACAGAUAAAGAGGAAGAAGAGGAGUUGUUGGAGAGCAACCGCGGUGGCAAGUCAGCUCGCAUCAGCCUUGAAGAGACGGAUCACUCAAACCAGAUCCAGAAAUCAGAGGGGGACCUGCUAUUUGCUCAAAAGUGUGCUGAGCUGCAGGGUUUUGUCAGGCCCCUGCUGGAGCUGCUGAAUGGACUGAAGAGGGGCCGCUUCGACCGUGGUUUGAGUAGUUUCCAGCAGAGUGUUGCAAUGGAUCGAAUCCAAAGGAUCGUGGGGGUUUUACAGAGACCUAAUAGCGGGGAAAAAUACCUGAACACCCUGCUCCAGGUGGAGAUGAUGUUGAAGCUCUGGUUUCCUCAAAUCUCCACUCAGCCUGUGUCUGCAGCCUCCAGCGUUGCCACUUCCCCCGCUCGCUCCCUCCAAGACACUACCAGCUCCACCCCACCACACAAGCACAGGGAUCAGUCACAUAUUCCUGUUAAGAAGCGCAGACUCAGCUGGACAGGCACAGACUCCCCUACACCUUCCCCUGUGCCUCUCAAGUGCCCACGUGUAAAUGCAGAAAUUAAGAGGGUGAAGCACAGUCUUGAUGAAAGGGAUGGCACUCCUUCUCCAUCACUGGCCUCUGAUGCAAACCAAAAUCUAGCAGAUGUGGCUGGUAACAGCCAGCUAAACGAGGACACAAAGGGAAAGGACGGUGACAGCGAGGAGCCAGGCAAGCGAUCGAAAUACAAAGCAGGUCAGGGCUCUGAGCCUAGCCUGACUUGGGUUCACAUUGCCCCCAUCUUGUCCCCACGAAAUGCCUGCUCCUCGCAUGAGGGCCCAGCAGUGGCAGGUAACAAAGAAAACCAGCCUGCCACUGCCACCCCUCAGCCCAAAAGGAGGGGCAGCCCAGCCAUGCAGGACAGCUCUGUCUCUUCUACAACACCCCACAAGCACCCAAAAAAUCUGAAGAAGCCGACCCGGUGCCAAAGCCAGCCUGUUGCUGGACAACAGCGUGAGAGUGAGACCUUCGAGAUCUGUCAAGGUCAAAGUGUCACACUCAAGCCUUUGCCCAGUGUGUGCUCCACGCCCUUAGAGACCUGAUGCACUGAUGGAGUAAAGAUCUGGCAGCAAUGCUUUGUUACACCACUGAGCUAUGCGCUGCUGUAAGAGGCUGAGAGCCUGCGAUUAAAGAUGUGUUUAAGAGAGGAAGGAACAAAGGAUUGUAGGUUCAAGAUGUUAAAAUGAUGGAUCAUACACAACUCUAAAUUAAUAAUACAAUUACAACAGGUAUUUAAAAUAACAGGUCUUAGUAUGUGAAAGAUUCAGAUGUCAAAAUUACAUAAUAGCCUUUGCACAAAAGCAGUUGUGUACGAGUGGAUUAGAAGAGAAUACCUGAAGCUGAAGGUUGUUUACAGCUUCUUGGGUAAUGAUCAAUCAGAGGGAAAUUAUGAAGAAGUCUGAGGAGCAAAUAAAGGUUUCUCCUCAGCUUGAAAGCAAUCAAUAUAUUUUGAAAUGACUGUUUUGGUGGGCAUCCAACUCAAGGGACACAUGCUUGAUCUGAAACUAGAAAAUGACUGUUCAGAUUGAUGUUUCAGAGUUUUAUUGUGAAGAGGUUGCAGUAGGCGGGAUUCAAGUAGUGUAAGCUGAUUUUGUUUCUUGUCAGGAGACAUGCAAGACCUCAUAUUCACUUGUAGAUAGACUUGAAGUAUCUGGCUUGAAGAGGAAAUUUGAGGUCACUGAAAAAUCUCGUAGCUUGUGACGUGAGAAAUACAGUGUACAGAACGCAGCAUUUUACUGUUAGUGUGGUGUGAUGGAGUCAUUGGAAACUGUGGGAAAAAAUGAUGUCAUCUACUCACGAAUGUAAUCCAAGAACUGUUCGGGCAUGGAGAGGAGCGGCAUCAUCACAAUCAGAUAUCUCCAAACUGUCUGCCUGAUGCUCUAAAAAACUGACAGGUGAUCACUAACGUGAAAUUCCAGGAAGAAAAAAAAACACAAGGACCACUCAAAGACAUGUGACUUCAACAGUUAAUUUAUUCGUGUGUAGAUCGGACACUGCAUUUAUUUAUUGUUUGUAUUUAUUUAUUGGGCAGCUGAAUAUCGCCUCCUGUGCACUUGCAUAGUAUGGCCUACGACCUGUUUGAGGAGAUUGGGAAGAUGCUGUUGACAGUUUGUGGGUUUUUUGCUAUCAUGAGGAAAAAAACAAUAGAAAGGAAGUGAAAUCUUAUGAUUGGAAUAUUGGGACUAUUGUGCCUUUUAACCAAAUAAUAGGAUGUGUUCACAAAAGCAUUUGGUUCUUUCAGUGCAUUCAUACUGUGUUUUGAUUGUUUUGCUAUGAUUUCACAAAACCAGUACACACAUUCAGUCAUGAAAGCCUACAUGUAGUCAUUUUCAUCCUGCUUUGACACAAAUCCACAAUAUCAUCAACUUUCUAUCUACCGCUCUACAAUUCAGAUGUUGAUUCAGUUAAUCCAAACUGCCUACAUGUACAGCAUUGGCGACUAUUUGUCGUGUAGUAUUGAAGUGUAGCCUUCCUUUGGCUCAACAGAGGAACAGCGUGAUCUGCACUUAUAGAUGGUGCUCUUAAAAACUUGAAAAUAAAAACAGAGAAAAUAUUAAUGUAAGGGAGGAAAUCUUUAUUUGCACCACCCUCUACUGCUGCUAUUGUUAUUCUAAUUCCAGUUCUGUUUAGAUGUUUAAUAGGAGGCUCUCUCGGGAAUCACAAUCUUCUAAAUGUAGUAGGGGGUUUCAGCGAUGUGAUUGGAAUUAUCUUUAUUGCAAAAAGUAUUGUAAAUACUUAGACAAAGAUAUUUUUAAAUUGGUAUGAGUGCUUCAUACACUAUUUAGUAGAGAGGAGGGGAAUCCUUGUACCAGACUUCUUUUUUUAAAAAAGAAAAGCACCACAUGUGAACACAGAGCCACUGGCAGCCUCCAUGUUACUGCCUAUGUUUGCGGAGUAAGGAGCAAACAAACCCUUAGUCGCAGACCCAGAGUCAGACAGUCUCACCCCGUCCCCGUCCUUAAACGUGAUGGCUCGAGGAGCCAGACACUGACUCUCGAUCAGACGCUGGGGGUGUCCUCCACCUCCUCCUGUUUUUAACGGUUGUGGUAUGACAGAGAAACCAAUUGCACUUAUUUUUCAUUGUUUGUGUCCUUUUUUUCAUGUAUGUUUUCUACUGCAGUGGCCACUGCUGAUUGGUCAUAAAUAAUAUGUCUUGUUUUUUUUUAGCUGCCUUUUUCUUCUUAAACUGUAAAAGCUGACUGUAGUCCCCCUCCUUCUUCUCCCCCCUCCUCCCUCAUUCUGCAGCAUUUGUCUGCCCUUGCCCUCUCUCCUUCAUCUCCCUCGCUCCUGUUAGUAUCUUUUCUUUCUAAACUAAACUCUGUCUUUCUCUCCACUCAUCUUUACAUAAUAUUACUCUUCUGGCUACUUUUUCAAUAAUGGUGAAAAGGAAAAAAAAUC